AUGGCCAUCCUGCGGCGGUCAGCGCGCAGCAAGGCGCGACAGACUACUCUCCAAUUCUCGCCCCUGUCUUCCUCGUCGCCGGCUAAGCAGAGCUACAGUCCCUCCGUGCAGGGCAGGUUGGCUGCGGUGCGGUAUGGCGGAGCGAAAGUGAAUGCUCGUGCCACGGCGGAAAGGCAUGCGCAAAUUCAGGAUCAAGAUCUGCCGGGUGAGGAGUUCUCGUUGCCAACGCCUGAGCCGUCGUCGCAGGUCUUGGAGAGAGAUCGAAAUGGUGGGGUCGAAGAUCAAGAUGAAAUCGAAGUCCGCGGUGAACAACAAGCUAAAGUUGCGGGGAGUGAUUUGGCAGAAGACUCCGAAGGUGAUGAUGAUCUUGUCUCUCCUGCGCACAAGAGGAGGAAGAUGUUUGAUGGCAGGGAUAUGCCCGCACCCUUGAAAAGUUCUCCGCCACCACGACGGUCAAGCAGACUUGUUUCCCGAUCUUCUCCCCUACCGACUCUCGAAGACAUGGCGACCUUCGCUACUCCAGCGCGCAGCUCGCCUCUCGCAAAACGAGCUACACGUCUACGACAGAAACAACAGCAGCGGUCAUCACCACCCACGCGCUUAGGUCGUUCUCCUUCAGUGCAGACACUUGACUCUGUGGAGAUUCCAUCCCCUUCUGCACGUGGUUCUUUGCAUCUCUCUGAUCUUGGUUCUGCUGAGACGAGCGAUGAUGAUGAUAAGAUUUUGGCGACACAGGCGCCUCGGAGACGGCGGUCUGGCGUGGCCAAGGAUCCCUUCAUUGUCAAUGACGAUGAAAUACAAUACAUCUCUGAUGAUGAGGUUCCAGAGGCUUGGGUCCCCAAGAUUCGAAAGAAGAAUACCCGAGAUGACUUUGUGGUCGAGGAUGAAGACGUUGAAUAUGUUACCUCUGAUGAAGACGAGAUACCACCAGCAAAGCGAAUCGAGAAGUCUGAUAAACAUGCGUCGGCGAGAAAACUGAAGAAAGACAGUCAGCGCAGAAGACGACAAGAACAAGAUGAGCUUGAGGACGACUUGCAAAAUUUGCAGGACUCUGAUAACGAACUCAGUGCUCCUAAGACCCGAACCAGGGGCGGCCCCGUCACGACCCAACGGGAUCAAGCAAAGGAACACCUUGAGCUCUUAAGGCGGCGCCGCGCAGGGGAGAAAGUCCCUCGCGUGGUUGAUUCUGACGAUGAGGACGAAGAGAUGCAAGAUUUGGACCUUGGUCUUAUUGGACAUCCAGAUUCCGAUGACCGGGAAGGGUCCGUCCAUUCCUCUACUGACACUGAUAUUGAGGAUAAUCAAGUCCAACUACAGGAGGAAGACGAAGAUGAUUUUGUGGUCGAGGACACUGUAGGAAGGCACGGGCGACCAAACUCAGCUAUCCCACUCCAAUUCACCUCCUUCGCCUCCGCGAAGCCUCGGGAGCUCUUCAUCCACAUCAUCGAAUGGUUGGUCAAGAAUAAAAUCGCCCCAGCUUUCUCACGCCAAGACGAACUCUACGAUCUAGCCUUCAACCGGAUCGAUGAUCAGGUCAAGGCACAAGCUGGCAGCAGACUGAUCUCUGCAGCAUGGGGCACUGAAUUCAAGCGCGCGAUUCUAGCACGACCAAAUAUGAAAGUCUCUAUCAUGGGAGGAACAGACGAAGAAAAUGAACGAAAUUGUGACGCUUGUAACAGAACCAAACACCCUGCGCGUUACGAGUUCGUCUUCUCCGGCCAGCCGUACUACAAGAAAACACUGGAACCUCUUGAUCACUCGGAUGACGAAGGGGAGGAGUCUGACCACAACGACUUCGACCGUGACGAAGAAGGCCAUUCUCUCCCCAGCGCAACGCAUCGCUUCUACCUCGGACGCUUCUGCGCCGCAAACGCAGACAUGGGCCAUAAACUAACACACUGGAAAUACCACCUCAACGCCAAUCUUUUAGGUUAUCUCGAAGAACAAGGCGUGCUGUCGUCCGACGCGAUCCUCGCACGCGAGAAACUCAACAAGAAGAAACGCGAAAAAGAGGCCGAGAAUAUCGUCGAUAGCAUGCAGGAGACGGGCAUGAUCGCGGACCUCUGGGCGGAUUUCGAGAAUAAUCUUAAUGACGCGAGAUUGGGGAUGGAGGAUUUUGAUCGCAAAGGAGGCAGGUCGAAGGGCAGGAUUGGUGCCAUUCGGUCGACGGUGGAUGGCGUUAGGAGGGAGUGGGACAAAGAUCGCUAUCGCGUUACGAGGGCGCCGUCGGAGUCGGAUUAG